AUGUGGCACGAGGCGCGGCGGUCGGAGAAGCGCGUGCACGAGAUGAUGGACGCGGCGAAGAAGCGCGCCGAGCGGCGCGCGGAUCAGCGGUCUCGGCGCGCGGGGGAUCCGACGCAGCUGCUGCGCGUGGCGGGCACCAAGCUCCGCCUGGCGCACGACUCCGCCGUCUACCAGUCCGCGCAGGACCUCUCCGGCCUGUCUGUGACCCCUUAUCCCUCCACCCUUUCAAGAUAUCAAAUCAGUGGACUUCGCGGCCUGUCUGUGACCCCCUAUCCCUCUACCCUUUCUUUGGAUUCACGGAGAGGAGGCCUGUCUGAUCUGCCCGCGCUGCGCUAUUUCCGUCACGUGUUUCGCUAUGCUAAUGCCCCUCCUUUUUUCUUGCCCUCCUGCUGCCUUCCCUCCCUUUUCUCUCCUCUUCACCUCGCUUUCCUCUGUUUCGCGCUUUGCUGCUUCUGGCUGUGCCUCGCUCCUUCCGCUGUGCUCCGUGUCCCGUACUCCUCUCUCCUUUCUCUCGUCUGGUGCGGCGCAUCCCGUUCCACCCCGCUCGACGGCCCCUGCAGCAUUCCAUGGAACAACAGAGAAGACACGCUCAUAGACAGAUAUGACGGGCGGGCUAUGCUGGAUUUCAUUCGAGAGUAUGAUCCGCACAGGCACGGGUCGAGGGAGCUCACAGAGCAGCAAGAGGAGGAGGAGGAGGAGGAGGCGUGUAACUUUGAGCGGUAUCGAGACCUUGUGCGGCUGGGCUGGCAUGCAAAGACUGAGCAGGAGGGAUUGCAGCAGGUGGAGCGAGAGAUGGAGGCCAGAGCCAACGCUCAGCUCAAGGCUAACAGGCCGAAACUGCCUACUGCUGCAGCAGGAUCCGCAGCAACACCAGCAGCAGGCAAGGGGGCUUAUGCUAACAUGCCGUUUUCUUAUGGAAGCAGUGACAAUAACGCAGGUGACUGUAACGAGGAGGAGGAAGAGGAGGAUGAGGAGGACGAGGAGGAGGAAGAGGAGGGGGAUGGGGGGGAGGGGGGAGAUGUGGAGGAAUACGGGUGGAUGUCUCCUGGUGGGCGGCAGCGUUUGGCAGAUAUGGCGGAACGGUACGGCAUAGAGGAGUACGGGCGGCACAUGGAUUUGGCAGUAUCUGCCUUGGAGAAAGAGAAGAGGAUGCGACAGAUGGCGGGCAAUGAUUCGCGUCCUUCGCGCAAGGAGAGGAAGAAGCUUGCUCGCCAGGGGAAGGAAGGGGGAGGGCAGGGGAAGAAGCAGCAGGGGAAGGGGGAGGCAUGGAAGCAGCAGGGGUUGUUUGGCGGGGGUGUUGGUGAGGAUGAGGGCUUUGGCAGGGAGAAGGAGAGGAGGGGAGGUGAGGAGGAGAGGAGGAGAGGGUACGGUGGAGAGCGGUUCGAGAGGGGUUUAAGUGGGGAUGUUUCGAUUGGCUCCCCAUCGCCUGCCUCUUCCAAGCAGUCGCCAGCUCUCAGCCGCCGCUUGCUUGCGCCAUCCACGGUGCCUCGAGUGGCAGGGGCGGCAGGCAAGGGAGCCGAGGGAGGGGCGAAGGAGACCCCGCAGGAGAGGCUGAAGCGGCUGAUGGCCAAGCAGCUGAACAAACACAGUAGGCUGGGUGUGAAGGGGGGUGAAGUGGGUUGGAGGUGA